UGCGAGCGUUAGAAAUCCCUUCUUCUCCUCUUCUCGUCACCGUGAUAACAUGGAUAUGCGUCUCUUGUCUGAGCAUGCUGAUAUGUCGCUUGAUGGCAAGUGCCCUCAUUUUCUGUUUUGGGAUGUUGAACUAUGACGUCGUUUCAUAAAAGGUUCACAGUUAAUUGCUCGGCACUUUUUCGCUUCUUUUGCCGAUGUUAUUUUUGGAUGACGAUGAGUCAUAAAGAUGUGCCCACGUGUUUGAUUUGUUGUGCAUAUUCUUUACUGAUGUUGAUUAUCGAUAAGUGUUAAUUGGCCUGAUGAAUUUGAGCCGUGUUUCAUAUCCCACCUUCGCAGUCGAUAUUGUCAUUGCAACUUUUGUGUUACACAGUUGAUAAUUCUCUGGAACGCUGCUCACAACGACGAGAUCCGCCUCUCCCCCUCGGCUCCUCACCACAUCGCCAUGGGUCUCAGGAACUCCUCCUGGCUCUGGAACUACGGCAGCCACGAGGUUGCCGGAGCCGUCGACACUGUUGAGGGCAGGCAUCAUAAGAAGCACGCUUUCGAUUAAACACAACGGAGUAGUUUAACUUGAUGCCAGCUUGUGAGGAAUAAACUUCGUUGACUCA